GAGUCUUGUUAUCGGCCCGUGACAUUUGAACAAAGUAAAGUUCCGAAGAACAAUGGCCACCAAGACGCUGAUGGUGCGUCCGUACGUCUUUGGAGCCUCGUCACGCGCCGCCAGCAGUAUUUUCCUCCGACAAGCUCAGCAAACAAAACCCUUUGUCACUGCGGUGCGAUUGGGGAGUAGAACGCGCGCCACGUGCAGCAAACUCCGAGUUCGUAAUGAUGGUAGUGAGAAUAUUAGUAUUGGAGAAGGUUAUGGGUAUGGAAGAUCAUCCGGAUUCGGGUUUGGUCCGGUGGGUGGUCGGAGGUUCAGCACGCGAGCCACGCACGUGAACGAUGCUGGGUCCAUUGACUCGCCACUCAUGCAGUCCAUGGAGAAUAAGAUCAAGGAACAUCUCAAUGCAGAUUCAGUCACUGUAAAAGAUGCUUAUGGCGAUGGUCGGCAUGUCAGCAUUGAUGUUAUCGCUUCAGCCUUUGAGGGACAGUCUGCUGUUAACAGGCAGAGGAUGGUGUACAAAGCCAUCUGGGAGGAGCUUCAGAGCACUGUGCAUGCAGUUGACCAAAUGACUACAAAAACUCCCACCGAAGCAGCAGCUGGAAAAUGAUGAAAGCCUUACAAUAAAGCCUAGUUGGAGGCUAGACUCCCCUUCAAUGGAUUUCCCAGUAGUAUGUCUUCAGUGUUGCCUGUUGGAGUCACCAUCUUCAUCUGCACUCCAUUUAUCUGAAUAGCUUGUAGUUGACAGGAUUCUUUGUUGUAUUAAUUGUUAGUCUCCCUGAAUGGGGUGGUGAACUGGUGAUUCACCCUAUAUUUUGUUUUUUGGGAUUUUGCUUUCUUUUUUUUUGGGUUUAAUCCUGUGUCAAUUUGUCAUUGGACUUGCACAAUUGCGAAAGAUUUCUUGAGAGAAUAUUUUGAGGGAUUUG